AAUUUACAGAAAAGCCCAUUUCCCCGUUUCCAAUCUCAAAUUGCAGCAAGAAAUGCAACGCAAAGUGUAUAUAUAUUUUUUUCUUUUAAAAAAAAAAUAAGGGUAGAGAUAGAUAAAAUAACAGUUAAGAGAAUGAAUAGGAAAAAUAAAUUUUUAUUUUUUUAUUUGUAAUUUAGUGGACUCAGAUAAUAAGAUGAUUGAUAUAUUAUUAGCAAGUAAAAAUGGUAAUAGUGAGGAUAAUGAUGGAGUGAGUAUGCAUGCAUGAUGAUGGAUGAAGCAUAGAGGUGAAGACCAAAGAGGGAAGGAUGUAGUGUGUCCUUUUGUGGUGCUUCCAUUGUAUGAAGUAAGAAAUGAAGUCAAAUUAAUAGGCAGGCAGCCUCCUUAAGGCUCAAACUCAUUGAGUGUCACCUCAUCCCCCGGUCCGAUUCCGAUGUCUCCCCACAUUUCCCUCCUUUGUCAGAAAUCCAACACACACACACACUUUUAAUUUAAUAGAAAUACUAUUAAUUUUUUCAAAAAUAAAAUUAAAAAAAAAAAAGAAGACGACGACGAGCAUAGCAGAGCAGAGCAGGAGACAGACAUCUGUAGCAGAUCACACAACACCGCCCUCGCCUCCUCCCCUACCUUUCACUUUGAACCCAUUUCCCAUCUACAUUACCAUCCCCCAUUUGGAGACCUCAGUCACUCGGAUCUCCGCCCAUGGCUGCAGCCCUCGAGUGCUGGUCCAGCCGAGCCACCACCGCCGAUGACGACAUGGUCGAGCAGGUUUUGAUGCGCUCCAACGACAGAUCCGAGGACACCUCCUCCUCCUCCUCCUCCUCUGCUUCUGCCAAACUUGAAGCCCCGUCCGCCAAGAACAAACGGUUCCAGAGGUUGAGCAGGAACGUCUCGGAGGCCAUUGCCUCUCUCAAGAACUCUCUCAAUCUCGACACUUCCUCCCCACGUGAUCAGCUUCCUCCUCCCGUUCCUUCUGUCCCUUCAUCUUCCUCCAAGGCCGACGUUUGCCGGAAAGUGGUCUGGGGUACCGUUGUACGGAACUUGACUCAGCUUUAUCCUGGAAGCCAGUUGCCUGAGAAGCUUGUCUCCAAUAUCCGCAAGCAUUAUGAUUCCUUGCCUCUCAGUUAUGCACAGGCGGGAUUUGAUAUGAAAGAAGUAUUUCUACAUAUAAAAUUGAUAGAACAGGCAUCAGGGGAUGAUCACCCUGCUAUAUUUAUUCAGCAAACUUCUGAUGAUGAGGUACAAGGUUGCGUGUUUAAGCUCACAUUUGCUUGUAAUUCUUCCUUUUCUUGGUCUGCCAUGUCUGGUGCUCUUGAUUCUGCUUCCAUCUGUUGCAAGAAGAUACAGAUAUUUGAGAAGAAAGGGUUCACCCUUGGAAUUAUUCUCUUCUUGGUUCAAUCCGCCCAAGACAAGUUUUUUAAAUCCCAUGUCGAGAGUGCCCUCAAAUCUGCUCUUCGGAAGCCCAAGACGACCACUGUUAAACUACCAUUUGGACUUUGUGGAUGUCAGGAGGAGAGUACUAAAGGGAGAGAUUUUGGGGAAAUUGAAGAAGAACCAAGUGAGCAAACUCACAGAAAUGGGAUUGAAAAUCCAAAUGCCAGGAUUCAGCUUCCAAUGCCUCUGCCCUCUUCAUCGUUUGUCGUAUUGGUUGAUGAAUGGCAAACUAUUCAAUCAGGGGCAGACGAGAUUGGGAAAUGGCUAUUGAACUCUGAAAGUCUUGAGUUUAUUGAUCAGAUUGCACCCAACUCUUUUAAAGGCGUCUACAAGGGUAAACGUGUUGGAAUCGAAAAGCUUAAAGGAUGUGACAAGGGGAAUUCUUAUGAGUUUGAACUUCGAAAAGAUCUCUUAGAGCUUAUGACUUGUGGGCAUAGGAACAUUUUGCAAUUCUAUGGUGUUUGUGUCGAUGAGAAUAAUGGUUUGUGCGUCGUGACAAAGUUGAUGGAAGGUGGAUCAGUCCAUGAUUUGAUGCUGAAGAACAAGAAGCCUCAGAUUAAGGAGAUAAUGAGGAUUGCUGCUGAUGUAGCAGAAGGAAUCAAGUUUAUGAAUGAUCAUGGUGUUGCAUACAAAGACCUUAACACACAGAGGAUUCUACUAGAUAAGCAUGGUAAUGCAUGCUUGGCGGACAUGGGUAUAGUCACUGCUUGCAAGAGUGUUAGUGAAGCAAUGGAGUAUGAAACCGAUGGCUACCGUUGGCUUGCUCCUGAGAUCAUUGCUGGGGACCCAGAGAAUGUUACGGAGACAUGGAUGAGUAAUUCCUAUAGUUUUGGGAUGGUAAUUUGGGAGAUGGUGACAGGUGAGGCAGCCUAUUCUGCAUGUUCACCGGUGCAAGCAGCAGUAGGAAUAGCUGCGUGUGGUCUAAGGCCUGAUAUCCCUAAGGACUGCCCGCAAAUCCUCAAAUCUCUGAUGACCAAGUGCUGGAAUAGUUGCCCGUCAAAGCGACCGCAAUUUUCUGAUAUUUUAUCUCUGUUGUUGCGGACCAGUUACAGGUAAAAGUUAUACCUAAAAAUAAUUCAUAAAAUGUAUCCAUUCAUGCUAAAAUUCUGUUAUAGGAGGCUUGGUAUGAUGUCUUGCUACAAAGCAUGAAUGUAGACUUAGAAGUUCCUACAGCGGAAAUCUCAUAGUUCUAGUUAUAUCUUGUUUGUUUCAAAUCAACAUUUUUCAUUUGACAGCCAAGGAAGAAAAUUAAAAAGGAAAAAAAGAACAGGUCAUUACUGAA